CGUCUCUCAAAGUUGUGUUGAAUUGUUGUCUCGUUUGGCAUUUCAUUGCUUUUCAUUCACUUCUCGUUUGACUUUAAGAGCUAAACAUCUGUUGAACGCGAAAACAAUGAUAGAGUCGGCGCUCACCGACUCUUCGCCCGACGUUUGGGACGACGCGCACGACGACUGCGACGACACGACGCCGUCAGCCGUCGCCGACGAAGACUCGGCGCUCACCGACUCUUCGCCCGACGUUUGGGACGACGCGCACGACGACUGCGACGACACGACGCCGUCAGCCGUCGCCGACGAAGACGUGAGAACGCGCGCACUCUUUGGCCACUUUAUGACACUUGCCGUCGACGCGAACGCCUUCUUCAACUGGAACUCGAGUUCCAGAACUCAUUAUUCGGUGAUUAUUCUGAACGACUCGCUCUUAUCGGAAACCCUUCUGUCGGACGACGACGAGGACGACGUCCGACACGACGACCGCCACUUCCGGCUCCAGAAGGCGUCCCUCAAGAGACGGCACGACCUCUUCGUGGCGGCCGACGACUCGGACGACGACUCGACGACAGCUCUGCCGACACCGACGACGACGACCACGAAAUGGCGGUCUCCGGCGCGACGGCCGCCGCGGACGACGGGGUCGUCAUUGUCGUCGUCGUUGCCGUCGAAGAGUUCAUCGGUCGGCCAUUCACUGAGCGUUGAGGCGAUACUUCGUUCUGAUUCA